ACCCAAGAGCAAAAAGCAGUAGCGUAUUGGAUCCCAAUUCCCAACCCAUCUCCAAACUCGUAAUUCCUUAAACCUCAGUGAGCUCAUUUGGCCAUGGCAGCAAAGCAAUCAACUCCCCAAGACCAAAACCAAGUAGACCCAUCUCCCAAAAUGAGCAGCACAAUCCAAAACCCCUGAAACCCACAUCCACUUCUUCUUCAAUCUUCAGAAAAAAGAAAUGCUGAGAAGAAGACUUUGUUCCCUCCUCUCCAGCUCAAUCCUGAUCCCAUCGUUCAAACCCAACCCCACACUCCAACCUCUACGCUUUAUACAAUGCCAAUGCCCCAUAUUGACACCAAAAGUUCCUGUGGCUUUUGAAGGCAUUCGAGCGUACAGCCUUUUGAGUCUGAACGAUUUGAGGGACAAAGUGCCGAGGAAGCAGAAGACGAGGAAGGGAAGAGGGAUUGGGUCAGGGAAAGGCAAGACCGCUGGGAGGGGUCACAAGGGUCAGAGAGCCAGAGGCUCGGGAAAGCUCGGCUUCGAAGGUGGUCAGACCCCACUUCGUCGUCGCUUGCCCAAGCGUGGUUUCAAAAACCCUUUUAGUCUCACUUUCCAGCCAGUAGGCUUGGGAAAAAUUGCCAAACUUAUAAAUGCUGGGAAGAUUGAUUCUUCUGAAUUGAUUACAAUGAAAACACUAAAGGAUACAGGGGCAAUAGGGAAGCAGAUAAAAGAUGGAGUAAGAUUGAUGGGACGUGGUGCUGAACAAAUAAAGUGGCCAAUUCAUCUGGAGAUUUCAAGGGUCACAGUUAGGGCAAAGGAAGCAGUUGAAGCUGCUGGUGGGUCUGUCAGAAGAGUGUAUUACAACAAAUUGGGCUUCCGAGCACUGCUCAAGCCUGAGUGGUUUGAAAAGAAAGGCAGGUUGUUGCCAAAAGCAGCUAGGCCUCCCCCAAAACAAAGGGAUAAAGUUGAUAGCAUUGGCCGAUUGCCAGCCCCAACCAAACCUAUACCAUUUUCAGUUGAAGAAAAGGAGGAAGCCUCCAGUUCAUCUGCUUAAUAAACCAACCACUUGGUUUGUUGCCUCAUUUCAGAAUUGGAACUUUGAUGAUGAGUAAUUAUGUUAGCAGAUUUUGUUUCCUGUAAGAUUCUAGAUGCAGUCAAUUUCAACAUGCUUUGCAUAAGCUAAUUGCUGUGCUUCAAAACAAAAUUUGGAUCCACAAUGAGUCAAAUGCUUUCGAGUGACCUCAACAGAGUGAGGAAAGCUUUACGCUU